UUCUCAAAGAAACACCACCAUGUCUAAGAGAAGUCUUUCUUUGUUGUUCGACCGCCCCCAAGAGCCAGUGUUUAUGGUGAAGGGCAAAGAAAAUGCUGUCUUCCAAGUACCCGAAGAAUACCUGGCUGACAAGUACAAGCCAAUUGGUACUCAAAUCGUCAACCGUUUUGGUGAAGAUGCUGGUGAGAGAAUUAGCAUCAAGAAGAUCUCACUUCCACCCCUUGGAGACAUUUUGGAGCUGGGCAGAAACGAGAACUUCUCCCUGUUCAUCCCUAAGCACCGUGCUAUUGCUGGAAAACUGAUCGACAUCUUUUUGGCUAUGCGUAAUGUGGACGAGUUGCUGUCUUGUGCCGUGUACGCCAGGGACCGUGUCAACCCUUACCUUUUCAAUUACUGUCUCUCCGUUGCGUUAUUGCACAGACCGGACACUCAAGAUGUCGACGUCCCUUCGUUCCUUAGUUCUUUCCCUGACAAAUAUUUGGACAGUCAGGUAUUUGCCAAAGUGAGGGAACAAGCCACCAUUGUUCCUGUAGGCUCAAGGACUCCCAUUGAAAUCCCUAAAGAUUACACUGCUUCUGAUCUUGAGGAGGAACAUCGUCUUGCAUACUUCAGAGAAGAUCUGGGUAUUAACCUUCAUCACUGGCACUGGCAUUUGGUCUACCCAUUCGAAGCUGCACGUGUGGUAGUCGACAAAAACAGGAGAGGAGAGUUGUUCUACUACAUGCAUCAACAAAUUAUUGCCAGAUACAACUUUGAACGUCUUUGCAACAACCUUAAGAGGGUUGAACGUUACAUCGACUGGAAGAAACCUAUUAAGGAAGCUUACUUCCCAAAAAUGGACAGCUUGGUUGCCAGCAGGGCUUGGCCAGCACGUGUUGCUAACCAAGUUAUUAGAGACUUGAGGAGAGAAUCUGACCAAAUCGUAACUGAUGUAGAUGAUUUGAUUAGGUGGAGGGACAGGAUCUUUGAUGCCAUUAAUACUGGUGUCGUACGCAACGAACAAGGCCAAGAAAUCCAACUGACUGAGAACGAAGGAAUUGACAUCCUGGGUAACAUGGUCGAAUCCAGUAUUUUGUCUCCCAACAGAGGAUUCUAUGGUGACAUGCACAAUAUGGGACACGUUUUCAUCUCCUACAUUCACGAUCCGGACCACCGUCAUUUGGAAACGUUCGGUGUUAUGGGAGAUUCUGCAACAGCCAUGAGAGAUCCAAUCUUCUACCGUUGGCACGCAUACAUCGAUUACCUCUUCCAACAAUUCAAGAACACACUACCAACUUACACUACUGACCAAUUGGACUACUCUGGAGUAACAGUCGAAGCAGUGGAACUUCAAAGCGAAGGAGGUGGAAGUAACCAAAUCAACACCUUCUGGCAACAAUCGGACGUUGAUCUCUCGAGAGGAAUGGACUUCCAACCUAGAGGCUCAGUGUUUGUCAGAUUCACCCAUCUCCAGCACAGGAACUUUACCUACAACAUCCGAGUAAACAAUAGUGGCGGCAACAGGCAGGGAACAUGCAGAAUCUUCAUCGCUCCUAAAUAUGAUGAGAGGGGCAACCCAUGGCAAUUCCGCGACCAAAAACUCAUGUUCAUUGAAUUGGACAAAUUCACAGUCAACUUGAAACAAGGAAGAAACACCAUUACCCGUUCUUCGACUCAGUCGUCGGUUACCAUUCCAUUCGAGCGUACUUUCCGUAACUUGGACAACAACAGGCCUACAGGUGGUGACGCUCUUGCCCAGUUCAACUUCUGCGGUUGUGGAUGGCCAGCACAUAUGUUGAUACCAAAGGGCAAACCUGAAGGUUUCCCUUGUGAACUCUUUGUGAUGAUUUCUGACAUUGCCGGCGACAGGGUCAACCAAGACGAAUCUGGUGUCUGCAAUGAUGCUGGAAGUUACUGCGGUAUUAAGGACAAGUUGUACCCUGACCGUCGUUCCAUGGGUUAUCCAUUCGACCGCCUGCCAAGACAAGGAGUUGAUACUCUUCAGCAGUUCCUUACUGGAAACAUGAGGGUUCAAGAUGUGUCUAUCAAAUUUGAGAACCGCACCUUCAAACCAAGAGUAACUGGAGUAAACUAAAUAUGUAAUGAAUAUGAUUGUUAUGAAAUUUGUGUAUUGACUAACUGCAAAUAAUAAAAGAAUUAAGUCUA